UCACAAGCUCUCCAACGAGCCCAGCGACCACGUGCCACGGCGUAUAAUUCUGUCUGCCGCUGCAUUCGUCAUUUGCCGCUCUGCUCUUUGCGUUCGUGAUGCGUGCCACCAUGAAUUUGGCGCUGCUGUUGACCAUCCUUCAGGGAGCGUCAGCAUUGCAACUGCUACCCCGGAGGACGCUCAACACGCCAUCGACGCGCACCAACGUACGCCUCUCAAACUAUCUCGACCAGAUCUCCGGCGGCGGCGAGGCGGCGUCGAAGCUUGCCGAGGCGGACGCGGCGGCGGCCGAGGCCGACCGGCUGGCGGCCGAGGCGGCGGCUUUGGUCGCCUCGAUCAAGGAGGAGAAGGAGACGACGCCCGUAGCGGCACCGGAGCCGGUCGCGGCGGUCGCAGCGCCGGCGCCGGCCGCGGCGGAGGAGGCAACACCGGCGCCCGCCGCCGACCGUCUCGCCAGCCGGUUGUCCCGCGUGCCGCCGCCCGCCGAGGACAUCGAUAGCUUCGUGAGCGAAACGCUCCAACCCGAAUACGCGCCGGAGACGACGGCCGUGGCCGGCGCGGCACUGCUCGCGGCGGGCGCCGUCGCAAUAGGUAUAGAUAUUGAACUUGCGACCGUCGCCGCUGUUGCUACCGCGGCCGUCGCCAUCGCCGACGAGAAAUCGAACAUCGGCCAGCUCACGCGCGCGGUGGGCACGGUCGGCGUGUCGGGCUACAACGAACUCAAAAAUUGGGACGAGGAGGCCGGCUUCUCGAGCGCGCUCAAGGCGCGCGCCAUCGACUCGGCCAUCACCGUCGUCGAGAAGGCGGCGGACGCUCCUGGAGCCAAGGCGCUCGCUCUCGAAGAGGACGAGGCGCUCGUGCCGGCGUCGACGUUGAAAAUCGGCGAGGCCGUCAUGGUCGAGGAAACCAACCGCACGGGCACGGUCGCGCGCUGCGCGGCGAACGAGUGGUGCACCGUCACGAUGGACGACGACGGCAGCGUCGAGACGUACCGCGCGCCGCAGCUGCUGCGGAAGGAAAAGGUCGCGGUGCCCUUCGACCCGGCGUCGUCCGGCGAGCUCAUGCUCCAGCGCGACGAGGACACCGCUCAAAUCACGAGCGAGACGCGGAGGAGGAAGCGGCGGUGGGUCGUGCCCCUCGCGGUCGUCGCGCUGGCGGCGGCGCCCCCCGUGCGAGCGGCGGUCGCGCCAUUUCUCGGGGCCGCGGCGUCGAAGGCUCGGCCAGUCGUUGCGGCCGUGGGUUCGAAGGUUCAGCCCGUAGCCGCGGCCGUGGCGUCGAAGGUGCGGCCGGCUGCCGCGGCCGUGGCGUCGACGCUGCGGUUCUGGAAGUAGUAGUAGGGCUU